AUGGCAAGUUCGCUUCCCCCUCCCGUCACUUCCCCCCCCCAUUAACCAUCUAUCAUAACUAACCAAUAUCGCCAGUCCUCUCACCGCCGCCGUCUCGCUCAAGAUCACUCCGCCCUCCGCAUUGCGCCACCCGCAGACUACUUCUUUCCGCCAAACACGGCCUCAGACGACCUAACAAGCCUACAAAUAUUCCUAGCAGGGCCCACGCAGACCCCCUUCGAGACCGGCCUCUUCCAAAUCCACCUCCGCAUACCACCAACAUAUCCCACUGAGCCGCCAAAGGCUUCCUUCAAGACUAAGAUCUUCCACCCGAACGUUGACGAACGUAGUGGCGACGUGUGUGUCGACACGCUGAAGCGCGACUGGAAACCCAUGCUCACGUUGAAGGAUGUGCUCGUUACCAUCCGCUGCUUGUUGGUGUACCCGAACCCGACCAGCUCGCUGAAUGAAGCCGCCGGGAAACUGCUGUUGGAGGACUACGAAGGGUAUGCGCGACACGCGCGGUUGAUGGCGGGCGUGCACGCAGGUGUGCCGGAGGAACUGAAGGGGUUGGUGGAGGAAGCAAGGAGGCGGGGUGAGGACGAGGACCAAGGUGUUGGGAAGAAGGAUCCGAAAGCCCCCGGCGAGCGGAAGAGGAAGAUCAAGCAGGCGGUUAAACCAUCCGCCUCCGUCCGUAAGGAUAAUGGCAAGGAGAAGGAGAGGGAGAGAUGCUCCGACUCCGAGGGCGGUGACUCGGGAAAAGAGAACGCGGAGACUAGGCGCUUCGCCGCGAGGCCUGCAUCACCGCUUGGGAAGCGUUCGAUGCAUGAGGCGGAGGAGACGCGUGGUGGCGCCGGCAGUACUGAAAUUGAUGAAGACGCGGAAAACAGUGGGCGCAAGUCACCAAAGUUGCGGGAGGGCCAGAGCGCUAAUCCCCGUUCGCCGCUCACUGCCGCUACCACUACGGCCGUCACUACUGCUAAGAGGGAACCCGUCACUAAGAAAGACUCGGCCAAAAAGUCCACCGCAUCCGGAAAGUCAAGCAAGACCGGAGCAGCAACCAGAAAAGUCGGCCUGAAGCGCUUCUAA